GAUAUAAAUGUUCUAAUGUAUUCGAGAUUUCCGGAAGUGGGGUGUUUAAAAGAGUGUCAGAUUAUCCCCGCUGGCAACUCGCUGCUUGGGAGGAUCGGGCACCGUGUAGUCUCGACGCCAGUGUUCACUCGGCGUGGGCACUUGUGGGGCGGUGGAAAGUACGCUUGGGAUAUUUCGAGUUUUGGGUUCUUGUGGAGCAAUUGUAAGAUGAGCGUCGUCCUGGUUCUGGGCUCGGGCGGGAGGGAACACGCCCUGGCAACCGCCCUGGCCUCCUCCCCCUCCCUCGCCUCCGUCCUCGCCGCCCCUGGUAACGCGGGGACUCACUCCACGCCGAGGGUCACCAACAUCGCCAUAAAUGUGAAGGAUCACCAGAGUGUAGUGGCGACGUGCCGGGAGCGAGGUGUGUCCGUGGUUGUCGUGGGGCCUGAAGAUCCUCUGGCAGACGGCUUGGCAGAUUCCCUCAACGAUGCAGGAAUUAAGGUGUUCGGUCCAAGCAAGGGCGCGGCGCAGAUCGAGUCGAGCAAAGCGUGGGCGAAGGACUUCAUGCAAAGACACAGCGUCCCAACAGCUCGUUACCGUACUUUCACUUCUCCUGCGGACGCCAAGGAGUUUAUAAAAAGUGAGUCCUGGUGCGGCUACGUGGUCAAGGCGUCCGGGCUGGCGGCAGGGAAGGGCGUGGUAGUGACCACCUCCGUCGCUGAAGCCCUGGAGGCCGUGGACACCGUGAGCAACAGCUUCGGCGUCGCUGGUGACACGCUGGUGGUGGAGGAACUCCUUCAGGGCGAGGAAGUGUCGGUCCUGUGUUUCACGGACGGAACCAGCAUCUCCGUCAUGCCGCCCGCACAGGAUCACAAGCGUCUGAAGGAGGGCGACCAGGGCCCUAACACGGGCGGGAUGGGUGCCUACUGCCCCUGUCCCUUGGUCACGCAGCAGCAGUUGGAGACCGUCAGGGAAACUGUUCUCCAGAGGACGGUGGACGGCCUUCGGGAGGAGGGAAUCCCCUUUGUGGGAGUCCUCUACGCCGGAUUGAUGAUGACGUCAUCAGGGCCAAAAGUGUUGGAGUUCAACUGCCGCUUCGGUGACCCGGAAACUCAGGUCAUCCUCCCUCUUCUGCGCUCUGACCUGUACGAGGUCGUCAUGGGUUGCGUCGAGCGUCGUCUAGGGAAUGUGGAUGUAAAAUUUGACGCGGAGAUGAGCAGCGUCGCGGUCUGUCUGGUGAGCGGAGGUUACCCGGGCUCAUAUCCAAAGGGAAAAGUCAUUACAGGUGUCGAAGACGUGACGAAGGACGACGCCUCCGUCCGCGUCUACCACGCCGGGACGAAGCUCGACAGCGACGCCCUCGUCACCUCCGGCGGUCGAGUUCUCGCCGUCACCGUCACCGACCGCAGCCUCGCCGCAGCCGCAGCAAAAGCCACGGGCGUCGCCGGCAAGAUUCAUUUCGACGGAGUUUUCUACAGGAAAGACAUCGCCGCGAAAGCCAUAACUAGAAACGCUGUAUCCCAAGGUGGCGUGACCUACAAGGACAGCGGCGUGGACAUCGAGGCAGGGGAUGCCCUCGUCGCCGCCAUCAAGGAUGUUGCCGCCGCCACCUCUCGCUCGGGCGUGGUGGGCGGCCUGGGGUCCUUCGGCGGCCUCUUCGACGUGAAGGCAGCCGGCUACAAGGAUCCGCUGCUUGUGUCCGGCACUGACGGCGUGGGCACCAAGCUCAAGGUGGCGCAAGCAGCCGGCAUCCACGGCACGGUGGGGCAGGACCUGGUGGCCAUGUGCGUGAACGACGUCCUCGUCCACGGCGCGGAGCCGCUCUUCUACCUGGACUACUUCGCCACCGGGAAGCUGGAGGUGGGCGUGGCAGCUAGUGUGGUGAAGGGCGUGGCCGAGGGCUGCUCUCUCGCUGGGUGCGCUCUCAUAGGAGGCGAGACGGCAGAGAUGCCCGGCCUUUAUUCCCCUGGCGAGUACGACCUCGCGGGUUUCACCGUCGGUGCAGUCGAAAAGGAGAACCUUUUGCCACGAAUAAGCGCCAUCGCCGACGGCGACGUCCUCAUCGGUCUGGCGUCCUCUGGUCUCCAUAGCAACGGUUUCAGUCUCGUUAGGCGGAUAGUCGAAGCUGCCAACUUGUCCUAUUCGGAUCCAGCGCCUUUCUGUCCGUCUAAUACUCUGGGUUCGGAGCUCCUCAAGCCCACCAGGAUCUAUCCGAAGAUGCUCCUAGCAGCCUUGCGUAGCGGCCUGGUGAAGGCGGCGGCGCACAUCACGGGCGGCGGCCUCACGGAGAACCUGCCGCGGGUUCUGCCGGAACACCUCGGGGCCAGCCUGCGCGCUCGUCGCUGGACCGUCCAACCCGUGUUUCAGUGGCUCGCGGCUCAUGGUGUAAGCCCGAGCGAAAUGGCCCGAACAUUCAACUGUGGCCUGGGUAUGGUGCUGGUGGUGGCGCCGACUGACCUGGAUGCAGUGAUGAAGCUUUUACCCGAAGGACAGGUCGUUGGGGCACUACGGCCACAUACGCAAGGAUCCUCGCGCGUGGUUCUGGAGGGCCUCGAGGACGUGUUGCGCGAAGGGGCGUCUUCCCUGGUCGCCAAAUGCCCCUCGCUCACAGCGCCCCGAAGGAAGGUGGCGGUCCUUAUCUCCGGCUCGGGGACCAACCUACAGGCCCUGUUGGAUCACACUCGCUCCGGCCUUAGCUCAGCCCAAAUUGUGCUUGUAAUAAGUAACGUGGCGGGCGUGAAAGGGCUACAGCGAGCCCAGGAUGCUGGCGUAGCAACCACGGUAAUUCCCCACAAGAACUACAAAUCCCGAUUAGAUUUCGACGCAGCUCUGACGAAGGCGCUGGAGGAAGCAGACAUAGAGCUCAUCUGCCUUGCCGGAUUCAUGCGCAUUCUGACGGGCGAGUUCGUGAGGCGCUGGCGGGGGCGUCUCCUCAACAUCCACCCAUCUCUCCUGCCGGCCUUCAAGGGAAUGCACGCCCAGAGACAAGCGCUAGAGGCCGGGGUCACGCUCACGGGCUGCACUGUGCAUUUCGUCUCCGAGGAAGUUGACUGCGGCGCUGUGGUCACGCAGGAGGCCGUGCCGGUGCUGGUGGGAGACACAGAAGACGAGCUUGUGGAAAGGAUCAAGACAGCUGAGCACAAAGCUUUCCCUAGGGCAAUGGAGAUGGUGGCAAGAGGGAAAGUGCGGCUUGGCGAGGACGGCAAAUGCAUCCGAACCUAAGUGGAACAGGGUAAUUCAGCUCACAGAUACACACAUGAAUCUAUAAACAAAUACAUACACAAAAAACACGUACAGACGAACAAACAAA